AUCACUCCUGUCGCUUUAAGGACACUUAUCAAAGCCUUAUUAUGCGAAUUGAAAAUACCAUGAGCCACUGAGAGACUCAGCAGCCAGGGGACGGACUGGAGUGGAUUUAUAGGAAACUCAACAUUAUCAGAGCUGGAUGAGACAGCUUCAUCGCCUUGUGGAGUUUGAUUACACACCGGAUGGCUGGCUUACUCGGACGGUUCGGGUCAUUUAGGAAAUAUUGCGCAUAAGUAUCUCUCAGACUUGGGAUCCUUUGCUCCUGAAGCGCAGAGAGGAAUACGGUUUAAAAGUCAACGCGUUUCCAACGGGAUUAUUCACUCAACCGACAGCCAAAAUCGAUACGUAGCCUACUUAAGCGUCCGUUUGGUUUCGGACGGAUAGUAUCCUGAGCUCUGUAUGUGACAGCCUUGGAUCAUGGAUUGGGGUGGUGGAAAACAACAACGGCCAGCGACAUGAUUUCUCUGCGCUGUCUGCGGUAUGCUGCGUGGUCAGGCUUUAACGUCGCUUGUUAUUAUUCCCCGUGCAACAAAAGUUGCAAAGCGAGUGUAAUGUGUGGAUUUGAACUGUUUCGCCGUUUUGCACCUGCUUUAACGGAUACCGCGUCGACACCGUGCAGAUUCGUGACAGAAUAACGUGCGGAUCCGCGCCGCUUGACUCUAUCUCUGCCGCCUGGAUGGGAUACUUGAACAUUUGCUAAUCGUAAUGGAGAUUUGAGAGGUUUAUACUCAAGGUCACUGAGUGUUUAAAGGCUGUAUUUGCGUCGCUAUUUACACACACACACACACAGCGCUAUCUUCGCGUUAUAGCGCAGCCUGUAAUUCUCGGUCCAGUGUGUGAUAUUUGUUAUUACACGGUGCAGCGAGCGUGUAGGCGUGCACGUCUUGUGGAGUUAUAUUUUCUUUUUUCUUUUUCUUUCUUUUUUUUUAAAUGAACAUUUUCAGUUGUCUUUUUGACACUGGAAGCUGUCUGUAAGAACAUGGAUGGGAAAUUGAAGCAGGGUCGGAGAUGCCGGUCCAAGCGGGAGAGGGUGCGGAGGUUGCGGGAGGCAGGGAGCAGAGACGCCCGCAGCCCCGACCCCAACUCCUCCUGCUCCGACAGGGAGGGACACAGUCCAGGGAGGGACACCGCCUCCCUGCCCGGUAAAAAGGCGCCGCACCCCGCAGCCGCAGCCAGAACCCCUCGCCCGCCUCGGCGGAAGAGACGGGAGUCCAGCUCGCAGGAGGAGGAUAUCAUUGAUGGAUUUGCUAUUACCAGUUUCAUCAGUCUGGACUGUUUGGAGAAGAAGUCAGGAAUUGUGAAAACACAGGAGAAGAAGGAGCGGUGGAAGGAGAAAAAGGUGGUGAAGCGGCAAAAGAAGGAAGACGAGGAGGUGCAGGAGGAGGAGGAGAAUGUCCAACCGGUGGUGGAUCCCCUGGAGAAUGGCUUCCUCCAUCAUGCUCAGCGGGAACAGGAGAGGAUGAAUGAGAGGCUGCUGAAGAAGACCUACUCCAAGAAGAACAAAACGAUAAAACCUUUGGCACUACGUCCGGUCAAAGUCAGCGAGGAUGAGACGUUGCAGGAACUCAGUCGACCGCACAGAAGCAACUCCAAGGAGCAGCUUAGUGAGAGUUCCACUCACUCGCUGUCAGGCCGCGGCUACUCGGUGCAGCCAGCAGCAGUGGCCCUCCUCAAGUGUGACAGCGAGAGUGACAUUGACGACAAGCCACUGGCAAGGGACAAAUACCACCAAUGCGGAAUCCCUGCGAGCCAGCGCACAGACGCGGGAGGAGAAGAUAAGCAGGAGUGGCUUACUACCCUGGUAUCUGAUGUAGGAUCAGAGAAGCUCUUUUCCCCUACCACACCCAAAGGUGUGCCAACGAAUGAGAGUCCCGAGUCUAAGACUUGUACUUCAGCCAAGGUCUCAGGACUUCAGCGCAGUCAGGAGCAGAGCAACACUGAGGUGCCCUUUGCACCUCCCGUGCCCAGCCCUACCCCGGCUUCGGCACCUACGGGCUCCCCUGCACCUGCAGCAGCGGCAGCCCCCCCAGAUCCUCCUAGGUUCUGCCUCCCCACCCCUCCUCCUCUCAGUGUCAAGAAGGAACAGCAACCUCCACCCCCUGUCCCCACCCCACCCCUGCUGAAGGCAUCACCCCAUCCCCAGCCCCACCCUCCUCAUCCACUCUCACACCAGGAGCCCCGUGUUUUUCCACCCCUACCCCACCAUACGCGGCCAGUCAUCAGCCAUCAAGUGCAUCACCCGCUGCAGUACAACAGCCUCCACGACAUCAGCCACAGCAGCAGUCCAGUGGGUCUUCCCAAACAGCACUUACCCCCAUCCCCUCACCACCACCUCAGUGGGCUCCCAUCCACGGCUCCUGCCUUGCCUCUGUCCAUAGCCAAUCUCUCUACCUCGCACUAUUCCUCCCUACGGAGCCCUGCGCAUCGCCAUUCGGCCAUGUUUGCAACCCCAGCCACACUGCCGCCACCACCGACCUUACCAGCUAACAGUUUAGUGGUGCCCGGGCACCCCGCCGGCACCCCCUACCCAGAGCAUGACCUUCUGAGGCAGGAGCUGAACAACCGCUUCCUGGUUCAGAGUUCAGAGCGGGGCCGGGGGCCGUCUGCCUCGCCGCUGGCCCCCGUGUCACUCCUGAGGGCCGAGUUUCACCAACACCAGCACAUGCACCAGCACCAACACACCCACCAGCACACCUUCACGCCCUUCCCCGCCAGUCUGCCCCCGGCCGCCAUCCUCACCCCGCCCACCGCACCCCCCAUGGUGCGUACCCAAGCCAGAAAUUUCGACAAGUACACUCCCAAACUGGACAAUCCAUUCAUCAGACAUUCAAAUUUCUUCCCCUCCUAUCCCCCAACCAUGCCAGGCAUGCCCCCGCUGCUCCCACACUCAGGACCCUUCAGCUCACUGCAAGGAGCCUUCCAGCCCAAGGCUUCUAAUCCUAUCGAUGUGGCUGCACGUCCUGGAGCAGUUCCUCACACACUGCUACAGAAGGAUCCACGGAUAAGUGAUCCAUUCAGGACAUCUGUAAGGAAACCAGGCAAGUGGUGUGCGGUACAUGUCCAGAUCGCUUGGCAGAUCUACCACCACCAGCAGAAAAUGAAGCAAAUGCAGCUUGACCCCCAUAAACUAGACAUGAACGGAAAGCUGGACCUGUUCAGUCGACCCCCAGCCCCAGGAGUCUUCCCUGGCUUCCCAUACCCUCAUGACUUGGCGAGGCCCCUUUUCCCUUCAACAGGCCCUGGACACCCAGCUCCCUCUCCAUAUGGCCCUGCCCCACAUCCCAGUGGCUUCCUGCCUCCUAGCCACUUGGCAGGUAAGUAUCCUUUCAGUCGCUCCAGUUCCUUUGGCGGCCUCGGCAACCUUUCAAGCAGUGCCUUCGGAGGAUUAGGCAACCCUUCGCUUGGGUCCAAUAGUAUGUUUGGCUCCAAGGAAGGGCCAGGAGGACUGCCCACAUUUGGCAGCCCCCACCAAGACACCUGGAACAGACUUCGACGCACACCACCGUCUUUCCCCACCCCACCACAGUGGCCCAAAACUACAGACAUUGAGAGAAGCAGCUCCGCCAAUAGCCAUGAGAGAGAGCGAGACAGAGAAAGAGACAGAGAGAGGGAGCGAGAAAGAGAGAAAAGAGACUCAUCUGUUGGAAAAGAGGAGAAGGAUAAGGACAGGGAUUCUGUGGAUCGCAACCGCCACUCCAACCGUUCCUCUCCUGCUUCAGCGCCAGUCAGCUACCAGAUCAGCAGCCUUAUUCGCUCAAACAGCCAGAACUCCAAUGAUUCAGGUCGGCAUCACAGUGGCAGCGUAGACCGGGUCCGUGAGGCAGAGAAGGAGCUACUGGAGCGCCACAGAGAGUCUUCCACACUAGCUGACGUUAAAGUGAAGGAGAGCCGCUCACCAGGCAAGGAGAUGCUAGAGAGGCGAAUGUCAGAGGAUUGCCUAAAACCUGCUCAGCGUUCCCCUUCUCCCUACUCCAAAGUUGUUAUAAAUGAGCAGGGAAUGAAGAUGUCAGGUGGGCCUCCACCUACAAUGAAGGACAGCGAAAGAAAAGAGCUCCCAUCUGCAGAGCUCCUCCACAAAGUCAAAAAUGACAUGAAGAUUAAGGAGGAGAGGAAGGAGGAACAAGAGGUCAUGGUGGUGAGUUCAGAGCCACCACCUCCACCACAAGUCCAGUCUCUUUCUGUACCUGUCAACCAACCAGGAAAUCCUCAUCAUCACCACCCACCUCUGUCCCAACAGCCUCCCCUUCCCUCUCCCCGUGGUAGUGAUAUCCCAGCACCUGGCCUCCAAGGUGUUCCCAUGGCACACUCUCUGCCACUUUCUAUGAGUGCUAUGCCCCAGAUGGGCAGCCUCAAUGUGUUAGAUAGGGCUCGUAUGGCCCCCUUUAUGGGUGUGAGCCCACUGGCAGGAAGGGAGCGCCUCCCACACACAGCCUUUCCUUGGGACCCACUUAGAGAGGCCUACCGCAGCCUGGACCUGCAGCGGCGCAUGGACUUCCAGCUCAGGGCCGAACAAGGACACCGCUUUCCUAAUGUAUAUGAACAGGAGCGAGUCUACCGCGAAAGGGAGGCGCAUGAUUACUCACACCACGAGCACCUUUUGGAGGUGCGCAGGGAGCACGAGAGGAUGCGACAGCAGGCAGAGGAGCGAGAGCGUCUCCACCUGAGGGAGGAACUGGACAGAGCACGCCUCCAUCAGCUGCACCAGUCCCCAAUUGAGGGCCAUCUACCCCACAUGCCCCCCUUUAUGCCCCACCUUGGCGGCAUGCCCUACCCAAGACUUAGCCCUUCCACGGGACACAAUGGUCAUCUGAACAGAACACCCCCUACUGCUGCACUAAGUGCACCCCCACCCCUUGUACCAGCCAGCAGUGCCAGGCCAACCUCACCGAGGAGGACUACACCCCUCACCACCACCCAGGACCCACGGGACUACUCCCCAUCUCGCAACCCCAAAGAAGUAGAGGCUCGGUAGCUUCUUGGAAUAGGGCACAAAUUUUCAGUGGGUGAACUCUCAAGCCCCACUUCUCUUACCUGGAAUUCUUGUUUGGAACAAAAUGCACUGCUCCUCUCCGGAGAAGAGCAAAACUCCCUAAGGGAAAGGGUAUGAUUGUACAAAGUAAGGAUGUGUAAGGCUGAUUAAGCACAUGCCAUGACUUUAUUUUUAGUGGACUGGAGGUUUAAUGAUGUCGGAAAAGAAAACACAAGUAAGUGUAUGUUUAUUUCCGACUUAAAUAUUUGAUAAUUAUUAAUAUAUUAAUCAAUACCUUUUUUCUGCUUUGUGCCGAAAAAGAGAAAGAGAAAUGAGUUUGUACAUUUCCUAUCCUUGUUCCAUGUAUAGAUAUCAUUUCUAUGAAGUUUAUGUAUUUUGUGCAUUAGUCCUGCCUUUUACAAUAUUUAUCCCAGCUGAUUGUGAGACAUAUCCCUUAUGAUAAUGUAAAAACUUGAUUUUGGAUUAAACCUUCUGUAAUUUAACCUCAUGGUACCAGGAUAUCCUCAAUGAUGAAAAUGUACAUUAAUGCUACAUUAAUGACUCGUUUUGUUAAUUUGUUUUGCCUUUGAGAUAUGCAGAUAAAUAUAUAUUAUGAGGUAUUUGUUCAGUCUCUGUAAAGAAAACUGAUGUAAAUAACCUGUUGAUAUUCUUCGCUGCAAGAUUACAUUGUAAAUUUAUUAGUCUUUUUAACCAUUUCUAGAAAAAACAAAAUUAAACGAAACAUGUGGAAACACUUGCUUGUUGAAUAUCAAGGCAACAGACAAGUCUGGCCAACGUAUGGGAAGUAUGAAGGGAGGGUGUUGUAAGGAGGCCUGGAUGGAUCAUCUGCAAUCUAUGCAAAGCAGCACACAGCACCCUGAUGAAGAAAUCACAUGGAGGAGCCAAACAAUACCAGAGAUUCUGAGAGAAACUUGGAUUAACACAUGUUUAUAUGUACCAAUAAAAUAAUGACAGGAGUAUUAAAAGACUUCCAAGUCACAAACUGGACCAGCCCUAGAAUGAAAAGAGGGACACUUUUCAGUGGAUGGCAAAAAAGACUUUCUCUGUCAACCUUGUGGUGUUGUGCAGUUGUUUUUCUUAGACUCUUGUAUACAAAACAAGUAGAGUUUUAGGCGUUGAAAAAAAAGGAAAAUGAACAUUCAUGGUUUAAAAUGUACGGAAUAAAGUUUGGACCUAA